ACGACGGAUGAUAAUCCUCAAUGUGUCCAGUAUGUGAGCUGCAGGAUGUGAAGCACUUGAACGCACCACCGCUCGGAAUCAUGAAGCCCUCCAUGAAGAUGAAAUAUAUUCUUAAUACAUCAUCGUGCUUCUGCCAGUAAAACACUCUGUGAGUGGAUUAUGGGUCGUUUAUGGAUAUUCUGCACAAUUCUUUUUUUUACGGCUGUUUUGGUGAACUCAACGUUGACGGACGGGGAAGAAGAGUCUUGCAAUGGUGCAUUCGAUGUUUAUUUUGUUUUGGACAGGUCAGGCAGUGUGUCAAGACACUGGCAUGAGAUCUUUGGCUUUGUGGAGCAACUUACCAACAAGUUUGUCAGUCCCAGGAUGAGAGUGUCCUACAUUGUCUUUUCAGCCCAAGCGGUGGUAAUCCUUCCAUUAACCGGAGACAGGACCAAGAUAAACGAAGGUUUGGGUAAACUGAGCCAAAUCAAGCCAGCGGGUGAAACGUACAUGCAUGAAGGUUUGAAAGCAGUGUCGGAGCAGAUGGAGAUGCAAACGACGCCGUCCCGCAGCAUCAUUAUUGUUCUGACUGAUGGCAAGUUAGAAGUUUUCCCCUUUGAGCUGAGCGUGGAGGAGGCUGACAAAGCUCGAGGUUUUGGAGCCCGUGUGUACUGUGUGGGCGUUAUGGACUUUGACCACAAGCAGCUUGCUGAAAUUGCCGACGGUGCCCAGCAAGUCUUCCCGGUGUUGUCGGGCUUUCACGCCCUCAAAGAUGUCGUCAGCUCGAUCCUGAAGCAGUCCUGUUCUGAAAUCUUCACAAUAGAACCGUCAAGUGUUUGCGUGAAUGAAUCUUUCAAUGUGGUGCUGAGAGGAAGCGGCUUCAGUGGAGCAAAGAGGACAGAAAACGUUCUUUGCUUCCUCACGGUCGGUCAAGACGCAUACAGCCAGAAGGCAACACUAGUGAGAGAAGGUUAUCUUCUGUGUCCUGCCCCUGUUCUGCAAGAAGUCGGACAAGCAGUUGAGGUGCUGGUCAGUUUAAACAACGGACAGUCGUACAUAUCCGCUCCCAUCGUCAUCGAAGCCACAAAUUGUUCAAAUGGAUUCUGGGUGUUGUGGCUGCUGCUGGCUCUUUUGCUCUUGCUGGUUUUUGGUCUACUUUGGUGGUUUUGGCCUCUGUGUUGCACCGUGGUGAUUCGAGACCCACCGCCCUCUCGACCUCCCCCUCCUCCCCCUCCUUUACUUGAGCAAGAGGAAGAUUUGUUCCCCAAACAUAAGUGGCCCACAGUGGACGCAUCUUACUAUGGUGGGAGAGGGCCCGGUGGAAUCAAACGCAUGGAGGUGCGCUGGGGGCUGAAGGGCUCCACAGAGGAAGGCUCAAGGCUGGAGAAAGCCAAGAACGCCGUGGUCACCAUGCCGGAUGAAGCGGAGGAGGAUGUUAUCCCUCGACCGCCGCCAAGGCCGCCGCCUGUUUACAAUUCCCUGCCAGAGCCCAAAUGGUACACGCCCAUCAAGGGGCGUUUUGAUGCAUUGUUGGCGUUGUUGAGACGGCAGUACGACAGAGUGGCAAUUAUGAGACCAACUCCUCAUGACAAGGGCCGCUGCAUCAACUUCACUCGAGUUCACUGAGACGGAAACUUUGCAGCAUCACUAGUUUAGACCAAAGACACCUGCCAUAUAAUCUUGUGUGACAAAAUGUAAAUAUUUAUCAAAUUUCUUGACAUUUA